AUGGGUGAGAAGAUGCAAAGCCACCAUAUGUUGAGUGUGAAGGGGAGUGAGCAAUUUAACUCAAAGAGAAAGCAUAGAUUUGUUCCUUCACAGGGUUAUCUUCCAAAGCUUUUUGCUUUAUGGAUUAUCUGGUGUACAUUUUUUAGCAUUGCUUUGUACUUUUAUAUGGAUGCUAAUCAUAAGGAGAAAAGAAAAGAAGGGCUUGUGAGUAUGUGUGAUCAAAGGGCAAGGAUGUUACAAGAUCAAUUCAGUGUUAGUGUGAAUCAUGUACAUGCCCUUGCUAUACUUGUAUCAACUUUCCAUUAUGAGAAGAAUCCAUCAGCAAUUGAUCAGAGUACUUUUGCUGAGUACACUGCUAGAACUGCCUUUGAGAGGCCACUAUUAAGUGGGGUGGCAUAUGCAGAGAGAGUUUUAAACUCAGAAAGGGAAGAAUUUGAGAGAGAACAUGGAUGGACUAUUAAAACAAUGGAAAAAGAGCCUUCACCAAUUAGAGAUGAGUAUUCUCCAGUUAUAUUUUCACAAGAGACGGUUUCCUACAUAGAAUCACUUGAUAUGAUGUCAGGAGAGGAGGAUCGCGAAAACAUCUUAAGAGCUAGGGCCAGUGGGAAGGCAGUUCUUACGAGCCCCUUCAGGCUUCUGGGUUCUCAUCACCUUGGUGUUGUUUUGACAUUCCCUGUUUACAGAUCCAAGCUUCCGGAAAACCCGACGGAGCAUGAACGGGUUGAAGCCACUGCAGGGUAUCUUGGUGGAGCCUUCGAUGUUGAGUCUCUCGUUGAGUGUCUACUUGGGCAACUUGCUGCAAAUCAUCCAAUUAUUGUAAAUGUCUAUGAUGUUACAAACUCUUCUGAUCCUUUAAUCAUGUACGGACACCAGAACCCCAAUGGUGAUGCCUCACUAAAGCAUGUGAGCAAGCUUGAUUUUGGUGAUCCAUUUCGUAAGCAUGAGAUGAUUUGUAGGUAUCUUUACGAAGCUCCUAUAUCUUGGGGUGCAGUGACCACUGCAGUUUUCAUUUUUACCAUCUUCCUCUUAAUUGGCUACACGGGUUACAAAUCUGCAAGCCACAUUAAUAAAGUAGAGGAUGAUUUCCAUAAAAUGCAGGAGCUAAAGGUUCAAGCUGAAGCAGCUGAUGUUGCCAAAUCCCAGUUCUUGGCUACUGUUUCACAUGAAAUAAGAACUCCUAUGAAUGGAAUCCUAGGAAUGCUUGCUCUGCUCUUAGAUACGGAUCUCAGUUCAACUCAAAGAGAUUAUGCUCAGACUGCUCAAGAUUGUGGGAAGUCACUGAUAAGAUUGAUAAAUGAAGUGCUUGAUCGGGCCAAAAUUGAAGCGGGCAAGUUAGAACUUGAGGCAGUUCCAUUUGACCUUCGCUCUAUACUGGAUGAUGUUCUCUCUUUAUUCUCUGAUGAUUCAAGGCGCAAAAGUCUUGAGUUGGCCGUCUUUGUUUCUGAUAAAGUGCCUGAAAUUGUUAUGGGGGAUCCAGGAAGAUUCAGACAAGUGAUAACAAAUCUGGUGAACAACUCUGUCAAAUUCACUUUACAAGGGCAUAUAUUUGUUCAAGUUCAUCUGGUAGAACUAAACAAAGAUGGUGACAAAAAGGAUACCUGCUUGAAUGGAGGAACUGAAAGUGUUAUUUCUUCUAGUGCUUUUCAUUUCAAGACCUUAAGUGGUUACGAAACUGCUGAUAGCCAGAACACUUGGAACACCUUCAAGCACAUAAUUGCUGACAAUGGGUUGGACUAUGAAUCUGCAACUAAGGUGGUGAAUGAUGAUCUCUCUCGGGAUGUCACUGUAAUGGUUAGUGUUGAGGAUACUGGAAUCGGGAUCCCUUUAAAAACACAAGAACGAGUUUUUACACCAUUCAUGCAGGCAGACAGUUCAACUUCUAGAAAGUACGGAGGAACUGGUAUUGGGCUAAGCAUUAGCAAGUGUCUCGUCGAGCUGAUGGGCGGUCAUAUAAGUUUCAUUAGCCGUCCCAAGAUUGGAAGUACAUUUUCUUUCAGUGUUAGCUUCCUAAGAUGCGAAAAACAUGCUCUUGGUGAUCUGAAAAAAUCUCAUUCUGAUGAUUUGCCUACAUCAUUCAAAGGUCUAAAUGCUAUUAUAGUCGAUAAAAAGCCUGUAAGAGCUGCUGUAACUGGAUACCAUCUGAAGAGACUUGGUAUUCGGGCAGAAGUUGUCAGUAGCAUCAAGAGAGCUGCAGCCACUCUUGGGAGAAAUGUUUCUGUUGUUUCCAAUGAGAGGAAGCUGGACAUAAUUCUGGUCGAGAAGGACUUGUGGAUAUCUGAAGAUGUUGACCUAAAUUUACACUUUCCAAACAUCAAUCAAAAUGGACACGUGUACAAGUUACCUAAGAUGAUCCUUCUGGCGACUAAUAUCACCAACGCUGAACAUGAAAAGGCUAAAGCAGUAGGUUUUUCAGUGAUAAUGAAACCUCUUAGAGCCAGUAUGCUGGCUGCAUGCCUUCAGCAGCUAAUUGGAACUGGAAACAAGAGUCGAGGAAAAGAUAUGUCCAAUAGAUCUCCAUCCCUUCGUGGCCUACUGUGUGGUAUGAAAAUUUUGGUGGUUGAUGAUAAUAGAGUAAAUCGCAGGGUUGCUGCUGGUGCACUCAAAAAGUUUGGGGCCGAGGUAGAGUGUGCUGAAAGUGGGAAAGCUGCUCUUGCAUUGCUGCAGUUACCGCACAAUUUUGAUGCAUGCUUUAUGGAUAUUCAGAUGCCAGAAAUGGAUGGGUUUGAGGCUACACGUCGAAUUAGGGAACUAGAGAGCAUUGCAAAUGAACAACAGAAUGGAGUGUCGAACUGUGAUGGAGGUACAAAGAGGCGCAGGUGGCACAUGCCGAUAUUGGCCAUGACUGCUGAUGUUAUUCAUGCCACAUUAGAGAAAUGCCUCAAGUGUGGGAUGGAUGGUUACGUCUCAAAACCAUUCGAGGAAGAGAAUCUUUAUGAAGCUGUAUCCAAGUUCUUUGAAUCCAAGCCUAACUCGGACGAAUAGCUAAGUACACCUAUUCUACUGCUUUUGCUGCACCUCUCGGCUGAAACGGACUACCAGCAAAUUUUCAGCAUCCUGCUGGUGCAUAUUCUUGUUUGACUUGUUCUAGUGUAUGGACAUGAUUAGCCACAUUUAGCAAGUGAUUAACAUCUAACCAGUUUAGACCUCUGACAUGAUUAGCUUCUUAAGUAUAUAUUGUUGUAUGUAUACUGCAAAAGAGCUUCUAUCCCUCUCUUGUAUGUACAUUUAAAAGGGGAGAAGAAGUCAAAGCUGUAUAAUCUUGAAAAUUUGGGUGAAAUUUCACCAUGUGUUUUGGCCAUAGAAUUUGGGAAAUAUUUAUACCCAUAAGUUUUAAAAA